AUGAUUCUUCGUACGCCAACGAAUCGACUUCCGGUACCCGUCAGCAGUAAUGCGAAUCAGAUCCCACAAAAUCCUAUUCCAGUGGUAUCUAACAAAAAUUUAUUAAAUUUUAAUCCGACUCAAGCCCCCAGUUCAAGUCUCCAUCCACAAUUAUCAGACGAUUUACUUGGACUAGACAAUUCAAGAAACGACCUACACAACAGUACCGGUUACACCAAUAAUGAUCCCGCUCAAGCAGUUCAUAAUAACAUGAGUGGAGUACAAGACCUAGUAAACCCCGCAGAUACAAGCGGUAAUGAUACAAGUCGAGUACACGAUUCGUUAGACUCGAUCGAUUCAAAUAAUAAUAAUAAUAAUAAUAAUAAUAAUACAAGUAGAGCACAAAACCCUGAAAAUACAAAUACUGCUACGCAAGCCGUUGAAGAAGUAGUUAGACAACUAAGAUCUGAAGCAGAGGCUUGGAAAGCUGCCUAUCUUCAGUUAAUGCCACCCUUCGCUAGCACUCUAGCUAGAAUGAUGUCCAAUACAGUAAAUAAUAAUAAUAAUCCUGCCAAUGACACCUACGCAUUUCAGCCACGAGAAUUAUUCCCUAGUUCAAAUUUUUCAGCGGGAAAUUACUCCGUGCCGCCAGCACCUCGCUUUCCUCCUCCGAGUAUACCUCCCUUCUCUACAGUACAAAGCUCGACGCUCAGUGGGGCUGCGCGUUUAUCGUACGCGCCGCUGCCGCUUGCCCCACCACUCGUACCGCCGAUGCCUCAGCAUAUACCAGCGACUCAUGUACAAUCACACACCACGUUGCCGUAUAUAACUCAAACUUAUACAUCACCACCGGUCCCAUACUACGUACCAAGCACACACGUAAAGUCACACACUACUGAACCUCAUGUGACACAUACCUAUACAGCACCGAUCGCUUCUUUCCAUGUGCCUGCGUCACAGACACAACAAUACACAUAUACUAUUCCAGGCAUAGUCUCAAGCGCUGCUCCCUCGUACAUGUACCCGAGUACAGUUGCACAUUUACGGACUAAUGAUAUUUGUCGAACUGCGAAAUCAUGGAAUGUAUUUUUCCCUCCGCGCGAUUCAUCUGUAAAGUUAGACGCCAAAAAAUUUAUUAAGACAUUAGAACAGCGAAUGGUCAGUAAUGAUAUACCUUUGGACAACUUUAGGCCAGUAGUAGCUUCAACUUUAACUGGUAAUAUUUUAGACUGGUAUUAUCAGAAUGAGCAUUUAUUUGUCGACUGGUCAGUCUUUAAGACACAUUUCAAAGUAUGGCAAACUCACCAAUCAGACGAAACCUUUUUACAGGAAAUCUAUUCAUAUCGACAUGCUGACGAUGAACAGGGACCUGCAUUUAUCAAUCGAAUGCAAAGCGCGUUUGCUCAAUUAGAAGAGCCAUUACCCGAAAGCCGACAAGUAAAAAGUAUUAUCCAAAAAUUUAAUUCCAAAUUCUUAUUUAAAUUUGCGGAAGAACGUAUUAAUACUUAUUCAAUGUUAUGCCAACGCGUUGGCGCAUGGCAAUCGAUUAUGGAUGCUUGUAAUCCACCUAAACCGGAACAACCGAGUAAAUUGAAUACGCAAAAUCAGAAUUACACUAAAUCAAGAACGCGAAUUAAUGCCGUUACCGAUCGAUGUAGAUCCUGA